CUUGUCGUCAAAGUCUUCUAUAAAAAGUAACAUUCAUUAGGCUAAACACAAACAACACGAAGAUCCCAAGAAACGAGAGAAAGAAGACAAAGAAGAAGAAGAAAUGAAGUUGGUUUGGUCUCCGGAGACUGCAUCUAAGGCUUACUUAGACACCGUUAAAUCGUGCGAGAAUCUUGAAACACCUGACGCGGCGGAGCUAAUAUCAGCGAUGGCGGCCGGAUGGAACGCGAAGCUAAUCGUCGAGACAUGGUCAUACGGAGACGCAAUAGCCUCGAGUAUCGGCUUAAACGUCGCGAGCCAACACGCAAACGCGAAACACGUAUGCAUCGUACAAAACGCAAGAUCGGAAUCAGCUUAUCUCCAAGCCAUCCAAGAAUCUUCAUCUCCCUUGAACUUACCGAAGACGAUCAUCGCCGAAGAGCCCGAGAUGGCGAUGAAGGAGAUACAAGGGAUAGAUUUCUUGGUCGUGGACUGGCGGAACAAGGAGUUUGCAGCGGGUGCGUUGAGGAACGCUGCGUUUGGAAGCAGAGGAGCGGUUGUGGUUUGUAGAAACGGGUAUUCGAGAAGCUCUUCGGGUUUUAGCUGGAGAAGGGCUUUGAGAGAGAGGGAAGUUGUUAGAACGGUGACUCUUCCGGUCACCGGAGGUAUUGAGAUUGCUCAUGUGGCGGCUAGGAACUCGGGGAAGAUUGAGAAGAGUAAGAGGAGAUGGAUCACACAUAUUGAUCAGAGGUCAGGAGAAGAACAUGUAUUUAGUAUCUAGAGAGUAAACUUUUAUGAGUUGUGAGAAGUGUGUUAUUUGGAUUCUUGUAUAUCACUUUGUACAUAAGACUCCAUAGAUGCUGUUGUAUCAUACUUGUUUUAGAUCUCAGCAACAACCAAUGAUAUAUAAAAAACGUUACAUUGGUUGAAAGAUUGAGCAAGACUGUAAAAUCUUUGUUUGUAUCUUAUCAGUUUCACUCUCUCUUGUAAGA